CGCGGCUGAAUGUUGUCGCGUCUCGUCAACGAUGCCCUGAGGCCGAGCGUCACUCGCGCGAGCAUGUCGAGCAAGAGCAAAAAGAAGGCUGCAAAAGCGGCGGCUGCAGUCAACAACGAGUCGAAGGAACCCGAGGGACCGAUCGAUGUCGACAAGAAUGGGAACGUAAGGAUCAAGAUUCAAGCCAAGCCUGGGGCCAAACAGAACAACGUCACAGAUAUCGGGCAAGAGGCGAUCGGUGUGGCAAUAGCCGCGCCUCCGCAAGAAGGCGAAGCGAACGCGGAGCUCGUCAAAUAUUUGUCGUCGGUUUUGAGCGUGCGAAAGUCCGACGUCUCGCUGGACAGAGGCUCAAGGAGUCGUCACAAGACGAUCAUCGUGACCGGCAGCAGCGUCGAGAAAGUUACCGAACGCUUGAAAUCGGAAAUCGCCAAUAACUAGGCGUAGCGAUAUAAUUUUUUUAUACUAUGUAUAAGAGAGGAAAAAAAGAACUGUAAAUUUAGUGUCGUAAGAUGAUUUCUUUUUUUAAUCGUAUUACGUAAUUACAAUAUACAGAAAAAUGCUCGUACAAUAAAAUUGUACAUAUUUUAA